AUGACCGACAUUCCUUACGACGUCUGGGAAUGCGUCACCUCGUACGUUUCCGAUGAAUACCUCAAGGAGUUAUAUUCACUCAACCCUGCCUUCUUUCACGCGUCCAUGGCGGAGCGGUAUCGCACCGUCAAGUUGGAAAGAUACACCAAUCUAAAGGUGAUAGAACACCUCAGGGAUUCUGACAUCUCCAAGCUUGUACGACGCCUCGAAUUUUACUAUCCCUGGUUUCCUGAAGCUGACAGCAGAAUUGUUGCUGGGAUCUUGAGGGCGCAAUUGUCUGCUAUGUCUGGGAUGUUAGCUUAUCUGAACGACAUACAAGAGAUCUUUAUCGUAUGGGAUACCAUGGAGGUCCCGAUGGAGUUUUUUGCUUCCAUCUGGAAUGCCUUUGGAACGAACCUCAAAAAACUCACCAUUGACGCUUCGUUACCAAAAUCCAUUCAUAUGCUAGCUAGUCAUCCGACUUUCCCCUCUCUUGAAGACAUGGAACUCGCCAUUCGAGGAGGCAAUACUAUUCAAGACGGAGCACUCAAUGAGGGCUGUCUUUACCGAUGCUUCAGCUCCACUAUCCGCCGUCUCAAGGUACACAGUUACCACGUCGAUCCUUCAAACAUCUUCAGUCUCCUUCCUUGCUUCACUGACCUGAGAGUUCUGCAUGUCACCGUGGACACUCUCUGUGACCUAACAUGCCUCGUCAACUUACUCAUCCGGCAUGCCCAUACACUUAAAGAUGUCGCAUUAGAGGAGAUGACGUCUUCUACUCAGUCAAAUCAGUGGAUGAAGCAUUUUUUUGGCGAACAUGUGAAUGAGCAUACCCUCCCGCUCUCUAAUCUCCAGUCUUUGAGCUUGAUCCCCUCCCGUCUGCCGCUCGAUGUUCUGGAGGUGUGUCUGCAUCGUUCCUCAGACACGCUUACUAGCCUCGCACUUCCCAACAACUGUCUAACCUAUAACCAGUUGGAGAAGGUCGUCACCAUCUUCUCGCGUGCCCAGCUCUUGAAAAAUUUACAUGUAUCCGUGUUCACAAUCACUCCAGAGACAUUUGAUUUGCUGGCGUCCAAGCUGCCGGGGCUGGCUCGGCUGAUACUCAUCUAUUCCAAUAUCAUUGGUUUACCGGGGUCUGCUCAUCUCAAUACAAGCAGCCAUCUACCACUCGGACAAUAUAAAAUUCUGAGACGUGAAUUGUCCAAGAAAUCUUACCCACAGUGGAAGCUUCAAGAUAUCGCUAUAUCCCAGUGGCGGAAAGGGGCGCAAUUCGGCCCACCCGAAUGGUCUGUUAUGACCGCUGUGGCUAAAGCUACACCGAGCGUACGCAGUUUAGCGGGUCAAGGGAAUACGGAAAUACCAGAAGUGUAUCAUAAUGCAUACUUUGAUGAGCUCGGAACUUAG